AUGGCGACACGAAUUUCUACCAACCUGGCGCCACUCCAAUCUUGGUUUCCGUCGUGGGAUUGCACGUUGGAAUGUGGUGUUGCCGACACUGAACGCGGGAUGCCGACUAGAUCAAAGCACAUUCCUCCAGCAGAAUCGGCUCCCGAUGCACUGGCAAAGAUCUAUACUAGGCCGUGCCCUCUGUCGAUCUGGACCCGGGCCGAUGAUCAUCUUUCUUCUACAUCUCUCCGUAGCGGUCGCCUACACAGGAUGGCAGGUCUGCUAUAUUGUGGUGGACUCAAUCUAGCGGCAUGUCCGACGACGACGACGACGACAACGAGGGUGACGACCACGGGGACGAGUAGUAUAUCGACCUUCUCGACAUCGAUCCGUGCAUCAACUCUCUUGACAAUUACUAUUCCAUCAUCCACCUCGGCGAGCUUCCUUCUGAGCACUAGCUCUUUGCGAGCAUUGAGCAGCUCAAGCACUUCAUCCUCUGCUACAAGCUCGCUAGCAACUGUACCUCCUCUUACUACUAGCACAAGUCGGGCUAGCUCAAGUACAGUCAACACUAGCACGCUAUCUCCCGACCUGGUCUCGUCAACUUCCUCUUCAUUGAGCUCGAUUCUGUCGGAAUCAGCAUCGUCCUUGAGGACAGCGACAUCGAGUUCCAGCACAGCACGAUUUACAAGCGCAACCACUUUCAUUACAGUAUCGUCCAGUACUAUAUCUUCUCCUAGCUCGGCAGCCCCAACGCCCGGAAACCUCCGCUGUCCAGCUGCGAACGGGCAAACGAUCACGACUGGAGACGGUAGUCAGUACCUUGUCGUAUGUAACAAGGACUACUCGCCUCUCAGUCAGAAUGUGUUUGGCCUCAAUCCUCUUCUCGCCACUUCAUACGCAGCUUGCCUUGCCCUCUGCUCGAACCAAGGCUCGGUCUGUACUGGCAUCACCUACGGCUUUUUCGGCGGAAGCACUAUCCAAUGCAAUCUCAAAACCAAAAUGUUGCAGAGUAACCAAAUCCCGUCCUAUACUGUGGACUCCGCCGUGCGUCUGAGCGGACCCUCUGGUAGGAGUGAGGCUUCGCAACUCAUCACAAACGGCGACUUCUCUAACUUGGACUUACUGAGCGCAUGGAAGACGAAUAGCUUCGGCGUGGAUACGUCCGCUGGUGCAGCCUUACAGCAGUUCAGAACUACGACCUUUGACCUUGCCAGAUCAAACGGAUAUGAGGCCGGCGAGCUGAUCCAAACUGUCAACUUAGCCGCAGGCCUGCCUUAUUACCUCGGCUUCCGUCUUCGGAUGAGUCUGUCUGGCACCAUUGCUCCCACCGAUUAUUGCAGCUUCUAUGCUCAGACCGACUCCGAAGUGCUGGUCUUCUUCUCUCCCAACCUGACAGACACCAGCGGCGGCUUCGCCAGCAGCUUUAAUGCGAGUGGUACCACGACAGGAGCCUCAAGCAGAUUCAUCUUCUUCGUUUACUGCCGUGGCAGCUUUACCGUCACCUGGACCAUCGACGACGUUGUAUUGUACACAUACCGUCCUACCCUCGGCACGAACAUUCUCACUCCACCCUUCAGUACCCCCAUCCUCACCAACGGCGACUUUUCCAACGGCCCUACAAACUGGAACUGGGUCGCGACGGGUGUGACCUCCAUACUCAAAGCAUCCUUUGGAGUUGCCCGUGUCGUAGGUCUCCUUCCCCAACUACCCUUGGCCGCCGUCUCCGCUGGUUUAAUCAUGUUUACCACCCUUUCUCCCCUCGACACGACCUUCAACGCCGGAUAUCUCGUACAGAACGUCCUCAUCGAUCCCGGCCAGACUUUCCGAAUCACAGCCAACGUCGUCUUCAAUAUCUCGUCGAGCUGCAGUUGUGAUGCGGGUAUCUACAAUACUUUGUAUGCGCAGUCGGGCGUCAAUGGAUGGGCUUGGUCUAUCUUUGACGUUACUUCUCAGCGACAAAUUGCGGUGAAUGUUACGGGAACCACGUUGGCUUCUCAUCACUUAUUUCAGAUGUAUGCCGGUUGUUCGGGCUCGGAUCCUACUUGUACUGUUGCUUUUAGUAAUGUUGUUAUGUAUGCGAAUGUCUGA